AACUGCUGAUAUUUAUAAAUGUACCUCACAGGUUCUUCUUACAGGCUAACGAUUCUUUUGAAUGAUAUAAGUUACACUACUGAAUUAGAAAGCUAUCAGUCUUCCGAAUUUAUGGACUACAGGCAAAAUAUUGAAUUAGGGAUUCUACAAGCGUAUGACGGCGACGAACAAUUUCAGGAGGUACAAGUUCUCAGGUUUAGUCCUGGCUUUGAAAUGAAAGUAGUGUCAACGAUACUUCUCAAGUUCAGAACCAAAAGCAAGCAUUUGAUAGCACUCGUCAAAAAAAUGGGCACACAGAAGUUUGGCAAAUUAAAAGUAUUUCCAGCAGUAGGAGACUGUGGUUGCUACGAGCCGGUCUUUAGGCCAACUCCUCUUCAUCCAACUUCUUAUGGUCACCCAUACAAUCCUGAUAACGCUCACAAACAGGGGUUAUCCUGGCUUUGUGCCCCCGAGUGCAAGGUGACGUGUAGUUCAACCUGUACUCCAAAUUGCUGCACGACAGUAAGUCCGAGCUCAGUAGCUUCAGUCGGAUAUUCUGUUCAAUGUGCUGCGCCAUGUGGAGCAAUCUGUGCACCAUCAUGUACUCCUGCUUGUUGUUAUACGAUUUACUAUGUGCAGACACAACAGCACAUGUACCGGAAACGACAUCAAGUGCAGAAAUAGCAAGCCCAGAAGAAAACCUGAGGCUACCCAUAAUUAUCAUUAUCCAAAGCAUCACAAGAAACAGAUAAGGAGAUGAGGAAAAAUCAGGCUAAUUAAUGGAGAAAAGAAAGGAAGUUUUCGGAAAACUCUGAGAUAGAAAUAACCGUUAUUCUCAGCUAAGCCUUAACUAAGUCCUCAUUAAGAAUAAAACCCGUUCCUUCGCGGGAUCCCUCAAAAUUAUAACUACUCGGAAUGAAAGCUUCAAAGACCUAAGGCGAGAGGGUGUAAACUCUAAGUCUUGUGAUGUGAUCUUCUAUGUGGCCAUAGGAUAGUCGCUGGCCGUGACAUGUAAGAGGUCCUCACCAGCGUCAAGUGAAGAGUCCUCGGGCAGGUCUCAUUAAUUUUAUUCGAAACAGGUUGAUUGUUUUUCUUGUCUUUUUUUUGGUGACAUCUAUUAAGGUAACAGAUUAUAAACCGAAAUAACAAGGGUCGUUGAUAUUCAUUGUUUAGUUUAGAACAUUUUAGCAAGAAAUAUAUUGCAUUAGGAAAUUAAGCUAUCACUUGGUUCAGCGGCACGUCCCCAGAUAAGCUACAUAAUAUCUCUCCUGUUCUCAGCACCCACAGCUCCUGGGAGCUGGUGCAUUUCGAAGAUAUUGAUAAGUUUUUUACCAGCCUCAGACAAGGAGCAAUAUUUGCUUGAUUGUAUACCAGCUAUAAACUUUGGACCAAACAGAGCGUGUAAAGCAAUUAAUUCAUCAUAU